AGCCCAAGCAGAGCGGGGCGGGGUGGCCAAAGGGCGGCGGCGGGGAAGGGCGGCCAGGGCGUGGCCGCGGCCUCACGUGACAGUCCCGGGACACUGGUCGGCUCUUUUGCUCUCUUGCGCUACUCUGGGCUGCUGGGGGCGUCUAAAGGAAGGAGGACGACGAGGAUGUCCUGGGACGACGGGAAACUACCGCGGCCUUUGAGGUGCCUGGCCCUGGCCCUAGCCUCAGCGCUGCUGCUGCUGAGCCAGCCUCACGCCGGCCUCUGCUCUGCCCCCGCCCCCACCGUCAGGGUCGAGGUCAACGCCACCGCCGAGCCCUGCCCGUGCGCAGAGCCCGCGCUCUGCAGCCCCGUGCGUGGCCGUAGAGACUUCGAGGUUUUUGUGUUCGAUAUUGGAGGGAAAUCCUGGAAAUCUUAUGACUGGUCUCAGAUCACAACGGUGGCAGCUUUUGGAAAAUACGACCCAGAACUUGUGUGUUUUGCCCAUUCAAAAGGGGCCAGGGUCGUCCUAAAAGGAGACAUCCCUUUGAAGAAUAUCCUUGAACCUGCUUUCAGAGAAGCCUGGAUAGCUAAGCAGCUCCAAUUGGCUCAAAAACAAUACAUGGAUGGAAUUAAUAUUGACAUUGAACAAGAGGUUGAAGAGGGGUCCCCUGAAUAUGAUGCCUUGACAGCUCUUGUUAAAGAAACUACAGAAGCCUUCCAUCGGGAAAUCGAGGGAUCCCAGGUCACUUUUGAUGUCGCCUGGUCCCCAAACUGCAUAGACAAGAGAUGCUACAAUUACAAGGGAAUCGCGGAUGCCUGUGACUUCCUCUUCGUGAUGUCUUAUGACGAACAGAGUCAGAUGUGGACAGAAUGUGUGGCAGCUGCCAAUGCUCCCUAUAACCAGACCUUAACAGGAUAUGAAAGCUAUCUCAAGAUGAGCAUCGACCCCGGCAAACUUGUCAUGGGUGUUCCCUGGUAUGGCUAUGAUUAUCCCUGUUUGACUUUGUCUGAGGAUCACGUGUGCGCCCUUCCCAAAGUGCCUUUCCGAGGGGCGCCAUGUAGUGAUGCUGCUGGCCGCCAAGUGAGCUACAAAGCGAUCAUGGAGCAAGUGAAUAGGUCCAUUUCUGAAGUCCUGUGGGAUACCCAGCAGCAGGCCCCUUAUUAUAACUACCAGGACGCUGCUGGCCAGUUUCACCAAGUGUGGUAUGAUAACCCCAAGAGCAUUUCUUUAAAGGCAGCAUUUGUGAGGGAUCGUGGCUUAAGAGGUAUUGGGAUGUGGAAUGGCAACUGUCUGGACUAUUCUGGGGAUGCAGUAGCCAAACAGCAAACUGAAGACAUGUGGAGAGCCCUGGAAGUCAACCUGUGAAAGGACUAAUAAAAAAGGCUGCUUAAAAUAUGCAUCAAAAAGUCAUCUUGUUUGUAUUUGUACAUCCUAGUUUUUGAAAAGAUAAAUAUGUGCACUACAUUCUCUUCACAACAUUCUGUUCUGUUCUGAAGCAUUUUGAUAUUGGGUGGACUAAUAGAACUAAUUGGAUUGUCAGGUUAAUGCUUUUAAGUUGACUUUCAAACAUAUUUUGAUCAUUUAAGAAACACAAAAGUUGAGAGAUGAGUCUAUCUUUCAGUAUGAAAUAAUCUUCUUUAUUUUAUAAGAUGUUUUAUCUGUCACUUAAUAAACCGGUAUUUUCAUAA